CAACCGCUCUCCUCUGUCACCCUUUCUAGAGGGCCCCGGCUCUUCUUUUUUUUUUUCCUUUUUCUUCUAUGUGCGCGCGCGAGAGAGUAAGAGUGAGUGAGAGUGUGUUAACUUAUGAGUGAGCGAGUGAGCGAGUGAGUGACAAAUAGCGACUUAUUGCUAUUUGUACCACAGUACUAUUUUCCAUUUACCUUGUUAUUUUUAUUGUCGUGGUUUGAAUAUUGAUUCUGGUGUGGUUCUGGCCUUCAAAUUUUAGCGUGCGCAAAGCUGCCCCUCAAUAACCAACCACCUCUCUAUCACAAUUAUGGAUUUACUUCAUAUGCCCCCAUAUGGUCUAAAGGAGCUUAUCCUUUCUCAUCCUUUUCUCAAAGCAUAUGGACUUGGCUUCUUGUACUAUCUAAGUCCUCGCAUUUUCGGUCUCGUGCUCUCGAAAGUUAAGCAGAGAAUAAGCAAUAAAAAGAGCAAUGUUGUUUCACCUGCAAUUAUAGAUAUUUUGAGAAAGUCCUCCGAACUUCACCGCUUUCCCGCAUUUUGCGGCGUCAUAAUAGGUGGUUGGCAUGUCUUACAACCAAUCUUCGAGAAGUUUUUCGUGGCUGUCGGUAAAUUUUCCGAGCCUCUGGGUGCCGAAAAGACUAUCGGUGAACAGAGACGCAGGGUAGCUACAUUUUUGGCAUCCGCAUCGGCUGCGGCUGUCGCCAUACGACAAUUGAACAGUCGUAGUGUAGAGAUCACAGCAGGGCGAACGCUGGAUCUCACUCUCUUUGCUGUCGUGAGAGCCCUGGACGUUGUGAUUGGUGAAAUUUGGGCUCGCAGAAAAGCCCACCGGGUCCACUCUAGGACCCUUGCUAGACUUAAUAGGAUCAUUGAAAAUAAUGUUGAUGCAGCUAUAUUUGCUGCAAGUGCUGCAGUGAUAAUGUUUUCCUGGUUCUAUGAACCAGAAAAGCUGCCAUCGUCUUACAAUAAGUGGAUAACUGAAAUUUCUGAGGCCGAUACUCGUCUGAUAACGACUUUGAGGCGGAUAAGAUCUGGUGAAUUCGUAUAUGGAAAAGAGACAGGGCAGGCAUCCUUGCUGCAGUCUUUAUGCGAAGAUCUCGGUCUACCCAAGAUUUGGGGUGACCCAGCUGCCACGAAACGUAUUCCUUGUGAGGUGAUUCACCAUGGUUUCUCAAAGAGCUGUGAGCUCCACGCAUGUUGGAGAUUCUGGAACGCAUGGAAAGCAGCAUUCACCAUGUACUUGGGAUUGAAUCUCCUAGUUCGGCUUCGAAACGGUCUCAGUGUACACACGUCCUUGAGAGCUAUCGGUGAUGCAGCAAAGUCGGCGGCAUUUCUUGGAACGUUCGUCAGCACCUUUUGGUACACCAUCUGCUUGACACGAACCAGGCUAGGACCACUUCUUUUGCCACAAAGUGAUCAGUUAUUUUUGGAGAAUUUUUGCGUCAAGAUGAGCUGCUUGAGCUGCGGUUGGAGUAUUCUGGUAGAGCCAGUCCAUCGUCGUUCGGAGAUGGCGUUCUUUGUUGCUCCCCGUGCAUUGGGAACUUUUGUGCCGAGAAAAUAUGACAGGAAGCACCUCUGGAAAGAGACUUUGGCAUUCGCAGUAAGUGCUGGAAUUGUCUUUACUGCGCUCAAAGAGAACCCAAAGAGAUGUGGUUUCCUAGAGCGGAGAAGGGGUGUUCCUCAGGCAAGCCCAGACCAGAUCGUGGUAUUUGUGGAGGUAUAGAAUAAAGUUAUCAAUAUCAUAAUUUAAUUUACAUCUAAUUUGGGUUUG